AUGGAAGACCAGACAGAAACCUGCAGUAACCUCCGAACGCUGGAAAAUGCCGUUUGCAGUUGGCGGGAAGACCAUCUUCAAUGCAAGGAGACCCGCUGCGAGCUUGUAAUCCAGGAAUUGGAGCUUGAAAAGGGGAAGAGCACCAGGAUCGUGGCUCCUGGAGAAGUUGAAGUAUACGUCAAUGGUGUCCCUGUGGAUGACAGCCAUAUAGGGGACUUAACUUUUGACAUCAAUAUGAGUACGGAUAUCGUUGAGAAGACCAUUCUUAGGAUCCGCUCGGUGUGCGUGCUUCCCCGUGGAUGGCAGCUUACGCCAAAUUUCAGUCUUGGAUGUUUUCUGGCGGCAGCAGACAAGGACACGUCACAGAUUUAUGUGUCAAUGUCGGUCGACGGGCUGCUGGACGCCUGCGGAAUCGAAACAGCCAAGACACAGGUUUUGUACGACACAGACACAACCGUUUGCCAGAUGCAAGUCGCUGCAAACUGCCUGAAGCUGGAAAUGUCAAGUAUGACCAAAAUCAGUUUGCGACAGGAGCCUGGACGCCGGCUAUACAAUUCGCAGUUGUUCAGACUACACGACAAUAUCCAAAACUCGAUAGCUGUACAAAAGUAUCAUCCAGGCAAUAUCUUGCUGCGCAGUGCACUGUUUUCAAACUUCAUGAGCUUUCUGAACUUCAUCCUUGGCGCAAUCACUUUUGCGUACUUCCGCAAAACAACCACGCUGCUCAGUGCUCUGUCGACGCUGUCCAUGUUUGUGUCGUCGCUUUUCCUCACCGCCGUCAUCGUCUUGCUUCACGUCGACGCCCACAGUAUCUUCCAGCAGUUUGCCGCGUUGUUCAGGUACUUCUUCUACUGGUGGAUCGUCGUUAUUGUGCAUUGUCUAUUAUCGAUGGCCAUCUGCGUCUACUUCAGCAUGGCAAAUGAGAAAUUUAUCAUCAGCCGCGCCGUGAGCGGAAAGUACACUUCGGUAGACGACCGCGGCACAGUCGAGUUCGUUAUCUACUUUCAGACGACUUCAGUCGUCCUUGUUCUGGUCCUCUUCACCAUCUCCCUGUUCAGAUCGAAGAAAAGACUCAACAAUUUCCUCAACCUCACGCUAAAAAGCCGCGAUGUUCAACAAUAG